GCUCGAUCACUAAUCGACGGUCAAAGAGUCAUCAUGGGAUUCAUGGUCAUUCCAUACACAUCUUACACUCCGCCAACGCACUUGUUCUGUACACAUUCCUCGUACAUCAGGCUACCCGAUAGCGGAUGAGUUCGACCGCUGAACCGCAACUCAGAAGGUGCAAGACAGCCCUAAACACCUCGUAAGAACAUAACUUACCUAACUCCCGCGAUCGACAAGGUAGCUUUGUCAGACUCGCUGCUUGGCCUGGGCGAUUAUUACUCAGCAGUACGAUGUUUCGACCGCAUCAGUGCUCGAAGUCCGACGCGCUCACUUUCGCGAACGAUAUAAGACAGAGAUCCAGGUGUUGUCCACAGAGGUUCCGUUGACUUGAACAGUACAUUCAAUCUUCCCAGAUCAUUCCACGCAUCUAUGUCUUCAAAACUCCCAACCCGCCAGUUGGGCAGAAAUGGGCCAGAAGUGACCGCCCUCGGUUUCGGGGCUCUUGGUUUAUCCACGUUCUAUGGGAAGAGGCAACCUGAUGAAGAGCGCUUCGAAUUUCUCGACCGUGCCUACGAACUGGGGGCUUGGAACUGGGAUUCUGCCGAUGUCUAUGGCGACAACGAAGAUCUCAUUAGCGAAUGGUUCAGGAGGAGCGGGAAGCGAGACGACAUAUUCCUCGCCACCAAAUUCGGCAAUAUCUGGCGUCCGGACGGCUCCAGGACCAUCAGAAACGACCCUGAAUACGUCAAAGCCGCUUGCGAGAAGAGCCUCAAGAGACUCGGAAUCAAGACAAUCGAUCUGUACUAUUGCCAUAGGCUCAAUGGACAGGUUCCUGUGGAGGACAUGGUGGGCGCCAUGGCUGAACUAGUCAAGGAGGGCAAGGUCCGAUAUCUCGGCCUGAGUGAGUGCUCGGCAGAGUCGCUGCGCCGUGCACAUAAAGUCCACCCCAUAACGGCUGUCCAAGUCGAAUACAGUCCGUUCACAGUGGAGAUCGAGGACCCUCAAAUCGGCCUGCUAGAAGCCUGUCGAGAACUUGGAGUGGCGGUCGUUGCUUACAGCCCACUUGGUCGAGGGUUCCUGACUGGACAGUACAGAUCACUUGAUGAUUUUGAGCAGGACGAUAUGAGACGAACACUGCCGCGCUUCUCACCCGAGAAUUUCCACAAGAACCUCGAGCUUGUAGACAAAAUCGUCUCUCUCGCCAGCAAGAAGGGAUGUACGGCGGGUCAAUUGACGCUUGCGUGGUUAAUGGCCCAGGGUGAAGAUAUCAUUCCGAUCCCAGGCACAAAGAAAAUCAAGUAUUUGGAGGAAAACUUGGGAGCUCUGGAUGUGAAGUUGACUCAAGAAGAAAACCUGGAGAUCAGACAGGCUAUCAAAUGCGCCGAAGUCAGCGGAAAUCGGUAUCCUCCACAGAUGCAGGCAUACAACUUCAUGGAUACUCCACUAAAGACUUGACAAGUUACAACAGCGAUGUGAGAGUAUAUCUUGCCGACAAUGUUCUUUUUUCACUGUUAUCAGUGGUCAUGUUAUUCAAACGGGGUCCUACUGGACGCUGUGAAUGGUGUCUCCAGCAUGGUCUCCCGGCGACUCGACAGGGAAGGUACACAGAGAUAUGACGCGAAUGGAUGUGGUUGAGAUUGCUCGAAGGGGCGAUUACCAGGCG